AUGCGCGCUACGUCAGGCGCCAUCACCGCGCUCAUCGCGCUCCUCCCUCUCCUCAAUGCCGCUCCGCUCCCUUUCCGCCGCUCGCCCCUUCUCGGCGGCUCUGGCGGAGACGGCCUCGGUCUCGGACUCGGCCUGGGAAGCUCGAACGGCCCACUCGAUGCGCUCGACUCUGCUCCAGUCGGGUUAGCGCAUAUCGUCCCCCUCGGCGAUGGUGGUGCGCCCCUCGGCGGGCUUCCGCUCGGCGGGGGCGGUAACGGCGGAGCUCUUGGCAUCAUUCCUGUCGGCGGCGACGAGGGAUCUCCCCUCAGCGGCCUCCCUCUCGGCGGCAACGAAGGCGAUGACGGUCUCUUCGGCGGUCUCCCCUCGAAACUCCUCGGCCGCCCUACCUCCCCCGGAACCGGCUCGGGCCUUCUAGAUGGCCUUCUCUCACCUCUCACCGACCUCCUCGACCCAGCCACCGACUCCCUCGGAGACGUACUCGAUCUCGGAAACCCCACCAAGCUCGUCUGUGCCGACGUCGGCUCGCUACUUCUUGGCGAUCUGGUCGAAGUGGGCGUCUGCGCGUGCCUCGGUCUUGGGGACGAUGGGAGGGGGAUGUGGGUCGGUAAGGGCCGCGGUGGGCCAUUGGAGGGAUUGGGCAGAGGCGUGGGCCUGGCCGCUGGCGUCAACCUGGAUCUUGUGCGCGACAAAAUUCGCCAGUCUGGGCAAGAGAACCUCUACCCGGCUCACACUCUUCCUCAAUGCGACGGUCAAGGCGGAUACUACUGUCCGGUGGCAUACCAGAGGCCUGAUGGGUUCUGUGGCCCGGCCGACGAGCCCACCCCAAUCCCCAUCCCCGUACCGGCUGCUCCCGCUGAGCCCACCUCCACCAGCGAGACGCCCGCUCCCGAGCCUACCCCUACUCCUGAGCCUGAACCAGCUCCCGCUCCCGAGCCCACCCCGGAGCCCGAGCUGGAACCUACCCCUGAGCCCACUCCCGAGCCGGAAGUCCAGGAGCCCGCGCCCGAGCCCACUCCCGAGCCGGUCGUCGAGGAGCCCACUCCUACUCCUGCACCCGAGGUGAUCGAGUCUGAGCCUGCACCCGAGCCCUCACCCACCGUUGAAGCUCCUGCCCCCAGCGACCAGGUCGUCGAUGCCCAAUCGGUCCCUGCUCCCGAGGAGGACGAGGAGUUCGGUAUCUACUCAGGAGUCAACCGCGCCGCCAAGCUCCACCCCUACGACCCCGAGGCCGCUCCUGAGCCCACGCCCGCACCGGAGGAGCAGCAGGUAGAGGCGCAAGCGGUCGCUCCGGCUCCGACGGCGACCGAGACCGAGACGGUGGUGGAGACUGCUACUCAGACCGAGACACAGAUGGCUACGGCGACCGAGUGGCAGACGGUGGUGGAGACGCAGUCGGCGGAGAGGUCACACACGAUGACUGUCAUCACCAUUCCAGUCGAUGUGGUCACUGUCACUAUUACCAACACCGUCACUUCCACCGCGCCCGCGCUUGCCACCCAGACCAUCACCUCCACCGAGACAGUGCACGACUGCGCCGCGCCCGCACCUACCGCUUUCGCAAUAGCCGCCGCGCCCAGCUCGAGCAUUGAACCUACGCCUACACCUACCCCAACACCAAGCGCCGAACCAUCCGCAUCGACUGUCGCUCCUCCUACCUCCACUACCGCCCCCGAACCCGAGCCACAGCCGCAGCCUGAGCCGAUUUACGUCCCUACCUGCCCGGAGGGACAGGAGUUCAAGGAUACUGUGUGCUGCAGGGUGGACAUGUUUGAGGAGAAUGGAGAGUGCAAGUGCCUGCCUGGUCUCUCCAACAACCUCUCCCUCGGUAUCUGCCUCGACCUCAGCCUGUGUCUCGGACAAGUUCUGAACGGGGAAUGCCUCGUCGACAACAUCGGCCUGGACGUAUCUCUCCCCCUCGGCUUGGGUCGGAUCCUGUAA